CUCGUGGGAUAGGUGAUGCAAACAAUGCAAAUACUUUGACAUGCUGAGGACAAAUACACCGGCAAUACCAUAGGGACCAUACACAUACAUACAACACUCACCUGGUUAUUCUAUAUGUUAGUUAUAUACUUGAAAAUUUACCUUACUUACAUGCAGAUUCGCUUAUAUAGUAAUCAACAAAUGCUAUAGUGAGUUAUCUUUUUGAUUGAGAGCUAAAAUAGAACGCUUCUUACACACGAGGAACAUUCCUAUCGUGGCAAUCGCUGCUUGUACAGUUAAAUAUGUACGGAGAAUACUAGUACGUGGUAUCAGCCAACACCUUUGCUGUUAACAACAACAUAUCAUAUGGAAUAAGGAGACACAACACACCGUGAAAUCUACGUCGCUAUAACUACGCGGCUUUGGUUUGUGCUCACUACGGGAUUCUGACAUCUGCAACAUGAUUCGGUUUCUAUUAGCAUUCCUAGCAGUGACAAGGUUAUGUCUCGCGCAUGGAUCUCACGACGAUGCUGGUGAUGUUACAGACUGGGCGACACGACACAUGAUAGAGGAACAUCACAUCUCCAACUUUGACCCUGGUUCGUUUUUCAUGCUUCACGACUACGACGACUCAGGAGUUUGGACAGUGGACGAAGUUCGCAGAACUUACGGACUUGACGACAAGUCGAACGCCCACCUGGCAGAAGAGCGCAAACAGCAGAUCCUCAAGGAGAUAUUCAGCAUCUUCGACCCCCAGAAAACGGGUGUUAUAUCGCAGCACGAAUGGAUGCGCCUGUCUCGCGAGGGAAAGAGGCUGCCAGACUUUGGCACGGGACCGGGACAUCAUGGCGACUUGGAAUACGAAUAUGAGAUACACCAUUUUGAGAAAUACCACGGCGACGGAGCAACGGAGGAAGACCUAACGCACCCCGAGGACAUUGAACACUUUCGGCAACAUGACCAUGCCGAGGACGCUCAGAUUCGACUAGCCAAUCUCCAAAAAAUGGUCAUCGUGGAAACUAACAUUCCUGCCAAGUUCCUUAAGAGCCCGUCGGCAUAGUCGACAUUCAGCGCCUAUAUUUUCCACUAUAUUUGUUGUAUAUUCUGGGUUUUCUUGUCUUUUUUGCUUUAGCGACACCGUUAUUUACGGGGCCGCCAUACUUGAAACGCAUUAAUGUCUUGUUUAGAAAGAUACGAAUGCACACGUUUGUGAUAUGGGUUUGAGUGAGAUUUUCUGUAAACUAUAUUCCCAUGCAUUGUAUGUUAUUUUACGUUAUCUCUUUUUUUCUUUCGUUGAAUAUACUCAGCAUCAAAAAGAAGGGAAUGGAGGUUUAUAGAUUUCAUAAUGUUGAAUAGAUAUACUACGCAUCAGGUUAAUCUAUUGCCCGAUUCCAACCAGCCAGGGGAAGGUGGUAUAUAAACGUCAAAAACGCAAUGCAUCACGCCUGGGGCAUAUGUUUUAACUCUUUCCACAUGGAUACACUUCGCUGCUGGAAUAGAAGAAUGAGAGAACGAUGAUAGCUGUCCGCUACCUCGAGAUGAUCGGAGUAGAGAAUUAAUCUCUAUAACAAUAUCCUCUUCCAUCAUCCUGAUAUCCUUCACAUCCACAUUUUCGUGAACAUGUAUCCAACCUCCCGCCUCCAUAUCCAGAACCCUCACAGCCCCAUCCCAUGCCGGCUUAGAAGUUGGUAAUAGCCCAAGGUUAACAUGCCGGAUGCGCUUCCACAUCUUCCUCUGCUGCAGUGCCUCUUUCAGCGCCCUCAACACAUCCGCUGCAAACUUGUUAUCGCCAUGGAAAACUACCAUACGAUCUUCCUCUCUCAACUCCCUAACUAACCCGUCAAUUCCCCCUUCUAUCUCGCCCGUUUGCUUAUCGACCUUGACCACCUUCACCCCCCAUCCAUUAUCUUUACAUCCCCUACAUAACCCUUCAAUCGACCACCCAUUAAUCUCCCAGCCCCAUACCCUCCCGACCCCUCGCUUCAGGUACGAAAACACAAAGUAGCCAAUGCCAGCAUACAUAUCAACAACCGCAAUAUCCCCCACUCGCUGACCCAGUAGUCUCUUCCCCUCCACCUCCCCCUGUCCAUCAUCAUCAUCAUCAUCAAGCCCUGCAAACUGGGACUCAAUCCCCAAAAUCCUCGCCUUCUCCACAACAUUCCCCCGACUAAACAUGGAAUGCAACGGCGCCCAAAUCUGCACGAUGCCACGAUUCUGCACCGCACGAACCCACAACGCAGACUGCAACGCCGCCUCUGUUGGAUAAGCUUCUUUUUCUUCAGCGUCUUCGCAUUCUCCCCAUACAUCCUCAUCACCAUCAUUACUCUCCGCCCCAAAAUCCCCAUACAAAGGCACCAACCCUGACGGGCUCCGAAUACGAUUCUCAACGCUAGGAGUGGCUGUCGUAGUCAUAGUCGGAGCUAUGGGCGCGUUCAUCGCGAUGUGCGUGAUGCCCUUGGAUGCAAAGGAUGCAGCUAUGCAUGCAUAAAGUUCCUGGCGCUGUAUGUUGGAUAGAGUACUGUAGAGCGCCGCCCACUCGGGUGGCGAGGAGAAUGUGUUUGAUGGUAGUAAAAGGAGAGGUGGGUAAAUUGUGAAUCUCUUUGGCAGGGGGAUUGAUAGUGAAACGAGAUUAGGAGAUGUAUGUAUAUUGAGUUGGUGCCGGUGGUUCUUGAGAUAGGUGAGUAUUCCAGUUUGUAGAGGGUUGGAAAUAUUCUUUGGUUUAGGCGGGCG